AUGGUAUCGAGAACAUUCUCAGGAGAUAUAUUGCGGAAUACAUUCAAUGCAAACUGCCACACCCUCCUCGACAAGGGAGGAAAUCGUCUCUACUUCAUCACUUGCAAUGUAUGUAAAUCUCGUCGUUUUGUAGCCGCCACCAAGACCAGCUUCCGCUCCCAGAUCGGCCGCAGAAAAGUUGUGAGUUAG